AUGUCAACCGUCCCAGAGCUCAAAGCACUAUGGGAGGAUCCCACCUUCGCAUCCCGCUACCGGUUCGCAGAAGGGAUCACCGGCCCGUAUGCUAAGCACCUCGUUGAACAAUCAGGAAUCCAAUCUAUCAAAGAAAGACCGCUUAUUAUUCUUGAUAAUGCAUGCGGAACCGGCGUUGUGGCUGAAAAUCUGCACGAGUUGUUGGAUAAAGAAGCCAAAAGUAACAUGCAGCUGACCUGCGCUGAUGUAUCUGAGGUUAUGCUUGAGAUAACCAAAAGAAGAAUACAAGAGGAAGGAUGGAAGAAUACGGAAACGAAGGUCGUGGAUGCGCAGAAGACAGAUCUUGCUAGUUCGCAUUAUUCACAUGUUUUCGCGGCGUUCGUCAUCAUGGCACUCCCUGACCCGUUCGCAGCCAUUAAAGAAUCCUUUCGAAUCCUAAAACCCGGUGGAACAUUCGCGUUUUCGACGUGGAUAAAAAGCGGAUGGUUCUCAGAUCUUAGGGACGCUGUCGCAACAAUACCAGGAAACCUUCCCUUUCCAUCCCAGAAAGAGUUCCUUGCUGCUAUAGGCAAGGGUCACUGGGACGAUGAGGCUUGGAUCGCUUCAUGUCUUCGAGAACACGGAUUCGAGGACGUUUCGGUGAAGCCGAUACAGGAGACUGUGGUAGUGGAUAACCACGACCAGUUUAUUACUAUGUUAUCGAGCAUGAUUCCCCUCAUCACGUCCAGGUUCUGGAGUGAAGACCAAAAACAAGCACACGAGAAGGAUAUAGCACCUGUCAUGCGGACGUACUUGGAAAACAAGUAUGGGAAGGACCAGCCUAUUGAGACGGAUUGGAUUGCUAUUCUGUCUUCAGCUAAGAAACCAAUGUAG